GUGUGCACCUUCUUUGUGCCCUGCCAAAGUGGGAAAGCAUGACGUCAUCCGAUCAACACACCGCCCGCGCCCAGAACGUCGAUCGAAGAAUCUUGGAAGUCGAGUGCACCACAUCACCAGCGCCUCGUACUUUCUCCAAAAGCAAUGCAGCAACAAGGCCGGGCCCGGCCAAGCCGCGGAGGAAGGGGCGGCCAGAACACCUCCCGCACCCCUCGUUCACGGCAGGAAUACUCCUCCGUCCCUCCCUAUGCUUCCAUACAGCCGGGCAACGGCGUCUCCAUAGUCCUCAAGGAAGAUCAGCCCACAGGUCACCAAGUCAAAGGCAUAGUAUCCGACCUGUUGACGCGGGGAGACCAUCCUCGAGGUGUCAAAGUACGGUUACGUGACGGAAGGGUGGGCCGUGUGCAAGGGCUGGUUUCCGAGACCGAAGGGGAGAGGGGGGAGGCGCUUGUUGGUGGAGCAGCAGCGGGCUUGGGGCGGAAUGGCGAGAGCAACGGUCUGGGUAGCACAGGACGUCGAAGAGGAGGCAGAAUAGAGCGAGACAUUCGCGAAGACGAUGAGUAUUUGUAUGAGAACCGCGCUCCAGCUGCCGAUCGAGGCUACUUUGCUGCAUUGGAAGAGGCGGAUAAGCGGGACGCAGCACGAAAGGGCACAGGACCAGCAAUCGACAGCAAAGUGGUGACAUGUCCCGUGUGCGGCAUUUUUGAGGGCGAUGAGGUUGCCGUGGCACACCACGUUGAACAGCAUUUUGGUGGGCAAUAGGGACAAGCCGAUGUGUCGAUGCGCGAGCUGUAGAUACGCAAAAGUCGCUGAUGACGGCAGAAUAUGCACCGCUUCCAAUACAGGGAACAAGACCAUCCAUCACAAAAACGUAGUAACGCAUCGACCAUUGGACAAUAUGCAGAUGUCGAACACUAUCAUUUGCAAGAAACACUGAAUCAUAGAAUGCAGAUAUUGCGUAGAGAUUGUGGGCGUCACCUCUCGUACUCUACGUACUGGAAC